AUGAAUCAUCCUCCACGAAAAUCUGUUCCUAUUGGACAAAAUCAUCAAGCUGAAUUCCAGCAUGGGGCUCACAGUAUGCUGAGGUUGAAGAUGAAACAAUGUGUCAAGCAGCACAUCAUAGAAGCAAGGCAGGAACUAGAAAUAUACCUUGGGAAAGAAAAAUUGGUAGAGCUUGGGUUCCAUGACAUGGGUGAGGUAGUGGCUAAUAACUGGAGCAAUGGGGAGGAACAAAUGUUUCACAAGAUUGUCUAUUCUAAUCCAGCUUCAUUGGGUAGGAAUUUCUGGAGCAUUCUUUCUGCUGUCUUCCCUUCCAGAAGAAAAAGGUAUGAUGAUUAUGGUGGCAAUGAAACUGGGAUGUCAGCUGAUGAUGAUGAUGAUGACUCUGUAUUGAGUCACCCGCACCAUCCUGAUAUGCGUUAUCAGAGCCAUGAAGAUGACUUGCGUAUUUAUGAAAGGAUGCUGAAGGGUGAAAAGGGAGAUCGAGAAGUCCAAGAUGACUCAUGCACAUCUUCUGAUACUGCAGCAGCCGCACAGGACCCCGGUAUGAUUGAGGAGGUUUUUGGAGAUGGGUCAUGGAAUUUCAAGGUGAGAGAUGGGAAGCUUGAGUGA